CCCCGCCCCCUCGGUCUCCCCUCAGCGCUUCCAACAUGGCGGUGCCGCCGUCGCGGCGGGGCCGGGCCCGGUAAUCCCGGAGGAUCCCGGAGGAUCGCGGGGGUYCCGGGGSUUCCCGGCGGUUCCCGGCCGAUCCCGAUGGGGCCCGGCGGCCUCACGGUGCUGCUGGCGGUGCUGAGCGCGGUGCCGGCCGGGCUGCGAGCGGCGGCGGCGGCGGCGGCGAGCGAGGAGCGGCUCGCGAGCCCCGCGCUGACCACRCCGUGCUGGCGAGUGGAGCAAUUCGUGGUAGCCCAGGAAUGCACCCGCUGCUCCGGCUUUGAGAUGAAAACGAUCCCGGCGUGCGGCGCCACCGGCUUCAUCGAGAAAAUCAACUGUGCUUCAUCCCACCGGGACGAGUACAAGAGCUGCCGCUCGGCCGCGCUGGAGGCUCAGCGCUUCUGGCACUUCGUGGGCUCC